AUGGGCGGCGGGGACAACAGCGUGAUGAUGAUCAACCAGUCCCUCUUCGAAGGGACUGGGAUACCUUGGAAGCCGGCUUCGAUGUCCACAGAGCCCCCACAGGGUUCGUCGCGGAAGAAGCCGAUCGACGCGGUUCGGAGCAACCCCGUCGAGGAGCGGCCGCGCGUUGCCACCACGUACCAGCGCGGGAACGCAGGUGUCCUGCGCUACUGGAGCUCGCAGGCGCGCACGGGGGAAGCCUACGUUCCGGGCGUAGAGCCAGACCAGCUCCCCGGCGACGAGGCCGACCGCGCCAGGGCCAUCAAGGACGGGAGCCGGUACAGCGCGCUCAAGCUCGGCACGGAGGGCCCGCGCUCGGACUUCGCGGCCCACGACGACGACGUCAUCAGCGUCAACGAGGAGCGCGAGCGCCCGCGCACCCGCGGCAUCCCGGGCUACCAGGGCCUGCGCUCCGGGCGGUUCUCCGCGGCGCCGACGGAGCCGCAGUGCUGGCACGGCAGCCACCGCCCGCGCACCGCGAUGCCGGCCUUCUCGACUGGGGAGCCCGACCUUGGUCUUCACUUCCCGAAGAAAGCGGCGCCGCUGGGGUACCCCACGAGCGGGCGGACGCCGCGGGGGCACACGCCGGAGCUGUACGGGGCCGGCGCGACCCCGCGGGACCCGGGGCGCCCGCGCGCGCCCGCCCGGCACGACGUGGCGGCGAUAGAGGCGCAGCGUGCGGCGCGGGACGAGCAGGCGGCGCGCGGCGCGACGCCGGAUUACUGGGAGGACGGGCACCGGCUGCCGAAGCCGCCGGCGACGGGUUCGGCGUCGGCGGCGGGCGCCGCGGCUGCGGAGGGGGCGUCAGGGAGCAACACUCCCCCGAGCCUUGGGGGGGAGUACGCCGGCGCGCGCGGGGCGCGCGAGGACGCGACGCGCGCGUCGCUCGAGGCCAUGGCGCACGCGGACCGCGUCGCGGACACGAUUCGGUCCAACGAGGUGCACCCGAGCCCGCUGCUGGUGGCGGCGGCGCGGCGGCGUGCGUUCGCGGAGCACAUUCCGCACCCGGAGGACUCCCUGCACGUGCUCGGGCCGGAGGACUCGCAGGUGGCGCGCGAGGAGCGGCGGCGCGGCGUGCUCCCGGUGGACCCGUACCGGUCGCAGGUGCGGGGGCGUCUGGUGACCGGGUACGGGGGGAGUCGGAAUUUGGUGCCGCCGGGAAAUCCGCCGUUCAAGACGGACCCGAACGAGGGGCUGCAGCGGCGGAAGCUCAACCUCGGCUUCUGA